AUGCGCUGUCUCACGCGCUCCCUCAUGCGCUUUCUCGCGCGCUCUCUCACACACCCUCUCACACGCACUCUCACGCGCACUCACGCACACUAUCACACGCUCUCUCACGCGCUCACUCACGCGCGCUCUCACGCGCACACUCACGCGCUCUCUCACGCGCACUCUACGCGUGCACUCUCACAUGCGCACUCUCACACGCACUCUCACGCGCACUCUCACGCGCUCCCUCACCUGCCCUCUCACGCGGCCUCUCACACGCUCUCUCACGUGCACAUGCACUCUCUCGCGCUCUCUCACGCGCACUCACGCACACUCUCACGCGCUCUCACACUCUCUACACGUGCGCACUCUUACACGCUCUCUUACACGCACACCAAGGCGCUCACUCACGCGUGCUCUCACGCGCACACUCAUGCGCUCUCUCACGCGCACUCUACGCGUGCACUCUCACAUGCGCAUUCUCACGCGCACUCUCACGCGCACUCUCACGUGCACUCUCACGUGCACUCUCACUCGCACCCUCACGCGCUCUCUCACAUGCGCACUCUCACGCGCACUCUCACGCGCACUUUCACGCGCUCUCUCACAUGCCCUCACACGCGGCCUCUCACACGCACUCUCACGCGCACCCUUACGCACACUCUCACGCCCUCUCCCACGCGCUCUUUAACGCGCACUCUCACGCGCACUCUCACGCACGCGCUCCCUCACACUCUCCCUCACACGUCUCUCACGCGCACUCUCACGCGCUCUCUCAUGCGCUACGCGCUCUCUCACGUGCUCUCUCACCUGCCCUCUCACGUGGCCUCGUACGUGGCCUCUCAUGCGCACUCUCACGCGCUCUCUCACGCGCACACGCACUCUCACGCGCUCUGUCACGCGCUCUCAUGCGCACUCUCACGCGCUCUCUCACGCGCACACGCACUCUCACGCGCUCCCUCACGCGCUCUCUCACGCGCACUCUCACGCGCUCUCUCACGCGCACUCUCACGCGCACUCUCACGCGCACUCUCACGCGCGCUCUCUCACGUGCACACGCACUCUCACGCGCACUCUUACGCGCUCUCUCACGCGCUCUCUCACGCGCUCUCUCACGCGCACUCUCAGGCGCACUCUCACAAGCUCCGUCACGCGCUCUCUCACGCGCGCUCUCGCGCGCACUCUCACGCGCUCUCUCACGUGCGCUCUCUCAUGCGCACUCUCAUGCCCUCCCUCACGCGCUCCCUCACGCGCUCUCUCACGCGCCCCCUCACGUGCGCACUCUCACGCGCACUCUCACGCUCUCUCUCACGCGCACUCUCACGCGCGCACUCUCACGCGCACUCUCACGCGCUCUAUCACGCGCUCUCUCACGCGCUCUCUCACGCGCACACGCACUCUCACGCGCUCUAUCACGCGCUCUAUCACGCGCUCUCUCAAGCGCACGCGCACUCUCACGCGCUCUAUCACGCGCACUCUCACGCGCUCUAUCACGCGCACUCUCACGCGCUCUAUCACGCGCGAUCUCACGCACAAUCUCGCGCGCGCACUCUUAGGCGCUCUCUCACGCUCUCCCUCACGCAAUCUCUCACGCUCUCCCUCGCGUUCCGUAUCUCCCCUUAA